UUAAAUGAGGCUUUUGAAAAAGAGAUAGAACACAUGGAUGAUAAAUAUAAAUUGGGUUAGUUAUUAUAUAUGAGAUAGUGUUGAGGUCCAAAGAAAAAGAUACAUCUAUAGAUCUUCGCACCUUAGAUAUAGUUGAUGAUUUGGAGCUAUUUAAUGGAUAUCCAUGGGGAACAAAAAGUCUUAAAUUUACAAUACAUGCAUUCCUAAGAGUGUCGAAGGAUUCGAAGCCAAAGUAUUCUUUGUGGGGAUUUUCGCUAACGAUACAGGUAAAUGGUCAAAACUUGUAAUUAAGACAUUAUUUUUAUUUGAUUUUAAAUAUUUGUAAACAACUUAGACAUCUUCUUUCAGGUGUGGGCGUUCAAGUCUAUUCCACAAAUAGCAAACAUGUAUUGUGCUAGGUUACUCAUCAACGAGUUGUCGAGAAUGUGCCGUUGGAAAUCAACACUUACUCCUAAUUCCCAUGAUAUUGCUAAAGUCUUGGAUGACCCACAAAUGCAAAGUUCGGGGACUGCUCGUGUACAUCAACGUUCUGUUCCUACAAGUCGAAGACCUCCACGUAGCCAUCGAGCUUCUUGUGACCACGACGAUAUGUUGUGACAAUUGUUGCACCACGUGGAGAAAUUAUUCGAUAAAUAUGAAGAGAUAAAUAAAAAGGUCGAUACUAUAAAGAAUUAGAUGAGACCAAGCCAACAUCUUGAUAGAGACUAUUCAUUUGGGGCUAAUGGAGUAUUUGGGACUGAGGGAGAUAACCAUGAGAAAAUUAAGAGAGAGAUAAAUGAAGGAGACACUAUGAGAGAGAUUGGGACAGGGGAUGCUGUAAGGAAAUUUGAUGGAGGACGCACUGUGAUGGAGACAGUGGCAAGGGGCAUUGAGAUUGAGGUUGAAACAGGGGAGAUUAAGAGGGAGGUAAUUGUGAAGAACAUUGAGAGUGAGGCAGUUGCAGGGAGCAUUGAGAGGGAGACUAAAACAGGGGGUGCUGUGAUAGAUACUAUAGCAAAGAAUAUUGAGAGAGAGAUGGAUGUAGUUGACAUUGAAAAUGGGAGUAAUGAGAGGAUAAGGAUGUACACUAAGGUUUUUACUCACAAAAGGAAAAUUUUAGAUAAAACUUAUCACCAAAUUGAUGCCUUGAUACGAGAUAAAAGACUUAAAAAAGCUUCAAAGUUAGUUUCUUCUCCAUACAUGACUGGAGCUAAGUGGAGUCGUUUUUGUUUUUAAGGAAAAAUGAUUGCAAUCAUUUAAAACUACCAAAGUUGUUUUCCAUUUAUCACUUGGUAUAUGAAAUAAAUGACUAUGAGAAAACUA